ACGCCACCUUCCUUCCACCUUUUUCCCACUUCUUCUCUUCCGCGGCAUCCAAAUCAACACAGUGCCAGCUGCAGCGCUGCAGCGCCGGGUUCGGCGCCGCAGUGGAGUACAGAGAAGAACGAAGGCGAUCCAAAUCCACUACCCGCUGGACGCUGCAACUACGACGGGUUCCAGUGAUCUCGCCCGCCCAUUGAGUACAUGGACAUCCCGUUUUUUGACGACCACAUUGCGCACGAGCUCCAGAGCAUCGUCGUCCUCUCCGACCAAACCCAGAGAGAUGCCACCGAGCUGCCCGCCGCCAAUGCGCCGCCCCGCUCGAAGCCCCUCGGUUGUCUCCCUUCCCAACCCUCCCAGAUCAAGGUAGGGUUCAGGGGCUCCUUCAAGGGUGGAUCCGCCCGGAAGAGUCCUGGAAGCGCCGGGAGGUCAAAUCCCUUCGUGAAGAUGACCCGGGUGGCGUCCAGCGCGCAGAUGGGGCUCAAGGGGCUCCGCUUCCUGGACAAGACCUCCGGCGGCAGCGAGGGGUGGAAGGCCGUCGAGAAGAGAUUCGAGCAAUUCGCCGUCAGAGGAAGCCUUCCCAAGGAUAACUUCGGCCGCUGCAUUGGCAUGGCUGAAUCAAAGGAGUUUGCCGAAGAGCUAUUUGUUGCUUUAGCAAGGAGAAGAAACUUGGAACCAGAAAAUGGAGUAACAAAGGAUGAACUAAAAGAGUUCUGGGAAGAAAUGACAGACCAAAAUUUUGAUUCUCGGCUACAAAUAUUCUUUGACAUGUGUGAUAAGAAUGGUGAUGGAAAGCUGUCUGAAGAAGAGGUGAAAGAGAUAAUCAUACUGAGUGCUUCAGCAAACAAGCUUGCGAAAUUGAAAUCAAGUGCAGCGACCUAUGCUGCUCUCAUAAUGGAGGAACUCGACCCUGAUGGCCUGGGCUAUAUUGAGCUUUGGCAGCUUGAGACAUUACUUAGAGGUAUGGUUAGCUCACAAGGAACUGAGAAAACAUUAAAACAUUCACAUAGCCUUGCAAGAACAUUGAUACCGAAGAGAUACAGAAACCCAGUAAAUCGAUUUGUUAGCAACACUGCAGAUUUUGUUCAUGAGAAUUGGAAGAGGAUAUGGGUUAUUUCCUUUUGGUUGACAUUGAAUAUAGUCCUAGCUUCAUGGAAGUUUGCCCAAUACAGAAGGAGAGCAGCAUUUGAAGUGAUGGGUUAUUGCGUCUGCAUAGCCAAGGCUGCUGCUGAGACCUUGAAACUAAAUAUGGCUUUGAUUCUCGUCCCUGUCUGUCGCAACACCCUCACAAGGCUCAGAUCAACUCGUCUUAGCUCAGUAUUUCCAUUUGAUGACAACAUCAACUUCCACAAGACUAUUGCGCUGGCAAUAACUAUUGGAACUUUAGUGCACACCUUUGCACAUAUAACGUGUGAUUUCCCUCGGCUAAUUAACUGUCCGCGUUCCAAAUUCAUGAGCACAUUGGGAUCUGAUUUCAAUUACAAGCAACCCACUUAUCCAUCUUUGCUAGCAAGUGCCCCAGGUGUCACUGGUAUUCUGAUGAUUUUCAUCAUGGCAUUUUCUUUCACUCUAGCAACACAUUCUUUCAGGAGGAGUGUGGUCAAGUUGCCAUCACCCCUCCACCAUUUAGCUGGGUUCAAUGCAUUUUGGUACGCUCACCAUCUUCUGGUUGUCACAUACAUUCUUCUGAUAAUCCAUUCUUACUUCCUAUUCCUCACCAAGGAAUGGUAUAAGAAGACUACAUGGAUGUAUCUUGCUGUCCCAAUACUAUUUUAUGCUUGCGAGAGAAUAACUCGGAAAGUUCGUGAGAAAAGCUAUGGUGUCAGCAUUGUUAAGGCAGCAAUAUACCCUGGUAAUGUCCUUUCGAUACAUAUGAAAAAGCCACCAGGUUUCAAAUACAAAAGUGGGAUGUACCUAUUUGUGAAAUGUCCUGAUGUGUCACCUUUUGAAUGGCAUCCAUUCUCAAUCACCUCUGCACCAGGCGAUGAACACUUGAGCGUUCAUAUCCGAACCUUGGGCGACUGGACGUCUGAGUUAAGGAACCUAUUUGGAAAGGUUUGUCAGGCCCAGGUCACCUCGAAAAAGGCUAAUCUUGUUAGACUUGAAACCACAGUUGUAGCAGAUGUUCAAUUUGAAGAUACAAGAUUCCCUAAGCUCUACAUAGAUGGCCCAUAUGGUGCACCAGCUCAAAAUUACAAGAAGUAUGACAUUCUUUUGCUCAUCGGACUAGGAAUCGGCGCAACUCCAUUUAUUAGUAUACUGAAGGAUCUCCUGAACAAUAUAAAGACCAACGAAGAAUUGCAAAGGAUGCAUAACCCAGAUCCCAACAUCGUCAAAUCAAAUGGCCCGGGAAGGGCUUACUUCUACUGGGUAACAAGGGAACAAGGAUCGUUCGAGUGGUUCAAAGGUGUCAUGAAUGAUGUUGCUGAAAGUGACCACAAUAAUGCCAUUGAGAUGCACAACUACUUGACAAGUGUGUACGAAGAAGGUGAUGCAAGGUCAGCCCUCAUUGCAAUGGUUCAGUCACUCCAACAUGCCAAAAGUGGCGUCGACAUAGUCUCAGGGAGCAAGAUACGCACACACUUUGCGAGACCAAAUUGGAGGAAAGUGUUCUCUGAUUUGGCAAACGCCCACAAAGCCGCCCGUAUAGGUGUUUUCUACUGCGGAUCUUCUGCACUUACAAAACAACUUAAAGAUCUUUCACAAGAAUUCAGCCAUAAUACCACUACCCGGUUUCACUUCCACAAGGAGAACUUCUAAAGAAGACAAGAUGAUACAGAUAGGAAAGAACAUAGAGAUAAUAAACAGGAAAGAAUUCACUCUUGCUCUUUAAAUUGUUACAUCAUAUAUACACAGUAGAUUUAGCAAAGGUGUGCAUAGUUGAGAGGAGAAUUUAUAGGAAUAUUUGAGCAUGUAAUUUUCAACCAGCAUUAUUUUGAAAGACAUUACUUAAUCUAAUACAAAUU